CGCGGCGCGGGCCGGUUUCUCCAGCGGGUGGCGCCCCCCGGCGGCAGCGGGCCUUCAAUGCGACGGCCUGGCCGGAGUGCCUGCCAUGGAGCCGCAGAAAGAGGCGCGAACACUCUGGGAGCCCGUCACGCGGCCGCCUGGGGGCUCAAGGUCUCAGACGCCGAACGAGGAGGAGCGGCGGGAGGGCGGUGAGGCGCCGGCGGCGGCAGCUCUGGGCGCAGAGGCCGACCACGCCAGCGCGCACGGGCUGUGGGAGCUGCCAGUGGAGCCGGCGGAGCGGAGGCCCGAGUGCGGCCGCUGCAGCCGGCCUGAGAAAGUAUGUUUGUGUCCAUUUCUACCAGUACAUCCUCUGCAUAUCUCUACUCAUUUGUACAUAAUUCAACAUCCAGCAGAGGAAAACAAAGUGUUGCGGACAGUUCCUCUACUAGCAGCAUGCCUUCCCCAGGACAAGUGUAAAGUAAAGAUUGGUCGUCGCUUCAGUGAAGAAAGAGAUCCUGAACUUUCAACUGUUUGCCGGAAGUCUGGUACAUUAAUAUUAUAUCCAGGGGCUGAAGCUGCUAAUUUGGAAGAAUUUAUAUUAGAUUCUCCUGUUUAUCCUUCCACAAUCAUCAUCAUUGAUGGUACAUGGAGCCAGGCUAAGGACAUUUUCUAUAAGAAUUCCUUGUUCCGACUUCCCAAACAGGUGCAGUUAAAAACUAACAUUUCUAGUCAGUAUGUAAUUCGGAUGCAACCAACUAACAGGUGCCUUUCUACACUUGAGUGUGCAGCUGUUGCUCUUUCCAUCUUGGAGAAAAAUAAUCAUAUACAAGAGACUUUGCUUCGCCCUCUUCAAGCUUUAUGCUCUUUCCAGCUUCAGCAUGGUGCUCAAAUUCGCCUCAGCAAGGAACAUCUUCUAAAAAAUGGAUUAUAUCCUAAGCCAAUGCCAAAGAACAAGCGCAAACUCAGGAAAAUGGAACUGUUAAUUAAUAGUGUUAAAAUUUAGUAUAGUUGUUCUUUUGGUGGUAGUUUAUCUGUCUUCAUCUGACAAUACCAAGUUGUUUUCAUGUUAACUGUGGGCUUGUGGGUUUUUGACUCUUUGAAGGAGAGUGAAAAUUGCAUACUAAUCCUGCCCAAAAGAAGGAAGUAAACCAAAUAUUCAUAAAAACAAAAAAAAUUUCACUGACUCA